AAAAUCACAAAGCUCUAUUCAAAGUCAAACCAAACAAAAAUAGCAAACAAACACACAAAUAAAGGGCCGGCCCGCAGGGCGGCCGGAAAGUUAUAAUAAAAGUGAUUUUAUAAUAAUUUAUGAAAUAAUUUAAAAUUAUGAUAGAUUAAAAAAUAUUAUAAACGAAAAAUUAAUGAAAGACUUAUGAGAUCAUUAUAAUUAUUUUUUUUGUUUUGAAUUAUAAUUACAGUAAAUUUCACUAUUCUCUGAUAAAUAACAUUAUACUUUUAAUAUUUAUUUUAAUUCAAAUGUUUUGUUUUAUAAUAUUCUUAAUUAAACUAACUUAUUUAAAGUUUUUUUUUUGCGAAUAUGACUCAAAACUUGAAGUCAUUCCUAAAGUAAUUCAUGCUUCUUCUUUUUUUGUGAUGUAAUUGUAUAUUCCGUUUGUAUGUAUGUUUUGUAAAAUUUUGUUAAGAGAAGUAUAUAAUAAUGUUUAUGGUUUUGAGAAUUUUAGGGUGUCGAAGGAUUAUUUAUGUUAAGAUUAGUUAUAUUUGAGUUAAAAUGUUUUAAUGAGGGGGUUCAUUGAAUGAUUUAAUGUGAUAGUCAAUGAGGAUGCAUGAAUCCAACCGACUUCCAUAACGGUUCCAAAAAUCAACCAAGGGUAGAAGAAGUGGAAUCGAACAGCCAAAUACGACGCCUUCCAACUGACUUUGAUCGGAAUUCAGCGUGGCCGGUGCAGCAAAUCUUCAUUGGCCGUAGGUUUAAACCGGAGUUGUUAAAACGCAGCAGAUCUGUCUUUCGUUCGUCGACAUUAUUUUUGGAGAAGAAGCCGUCUCAUGUGGGACCCCCUCAUGUGUUACCCUAGAGCCCAGAAACCCGAUUAUGUUAAGCUCAGAACACUGAUCUGAAAUAUUUAUUAACAAAAAGAGAAAAGUCCAUGAAUAAUUGUGAAGUGAAACGGUGAGUAUCAUCCAACCCGGGACACGUGUCGGCCUGUCAGACACCGACUUUAUGACGUGGCGCAACAGGAGGGAGACGAACAUAUUUUUAUAUAUAUAGAUAUAGAGACAAGGAUUCAGUAUAUAAACGCCUUCCUCUCCAUCCACCUAUUUGCACAUCUCAUAUCUUUCAAUAAUUAAGUAAAACACACGUCCUAAUAAAGUUAUAAAGAUAAAAUGGCGGGAAAAGUGUGUAUGGUGAUGGCACUUAUCAUGAUAGGGUGUGUUUUACAAGCAUGCAAUGGAGCCAAUGUUGAUGAGAGCAAGCCAGCACGAGUUUCAAGACUCGUUUGCUUCACAUCCUGUUCCAUAGCCUGUGGCAAACAAAACAAGCCUUGUUACGACAAAUGCUUGACCAAAUGUGGUCUUCCACAACGACCUUCUACACCAACAUCACCUUCUACCACCGCUUGAUCUGAUCUAUUUUAUUUGUGAUUUGUGCCUUACUGCCAAUGAUGUCAUCUAUAUGCUUU